AUGGCUUCACCACUACCUUACAGCCGCCAAAAUGCGCUUGCCUCGACCAUCGCAGCGGAUAAUGCAUCCAACGUAGCUGGCAAGAUCGUCUUGACUACCGGCGUGACGCAGGGUGGCCUAGGAGCAACUUUUGUAGAAGAGAUUGCAAAACACCAACCCGCUCUCCUGAUCCUCGCUGGCCGCUCGGCAUCCAAAGUCCAAGCCACGGCCAACAAGAUUAAAUCCAACCCAGCGAGCGCCAACGUCGAAGUGCGUAUUCUAGCCCUCGAUCUUGCAUCACAAAAGCAGAUCCGCGAAGCCGCGAAAGAAGUCCUAGCAUACCCAGAGUCCCACAUCGAUGUCCUCGUCAACUCAGCAGGCAUAAUGAAAGGCUCCUACCGUACCACAGCCGAAGGCAUCGAAAACCAAUUCGGAUGCAACCACAUCGGGCAUUUCCUCUUUACCAAUCUCAUCAUGCCCAAACUCCUUGCUUCCAAAGCACCAAGAGUUGUCAAUGUGGCUAGUGACGGCCAUCGCUUCAGCGGCGUGCGUUUUGAGGACCCGAAUUUCCAGGAUGGCAAGGUCUACGAUCAAUGGGAAGCGUAUGGCCAGAGUAAGACGGCGAAUAUCUUGUUUUCAUAUGCGCUGGCAAAGAAACUGGGUCUGAAAGGACUGAAAGCGUUUAGCCUGCACCCGGGAGUAACACUGGGGACGUCUCUCGCUGAGAAGUUCGAUGAUGAAGACAUGAAGAGUGUGGUGGCCAAGGAUAAAGAGAUUGGCUGGACACGUGAGUUUGACAUUAAGUCUCUCGACGAAUGUGCGGCUACCCACGUUGUGGCUGCCUUCGACACAAGAUUGGACAACUACAACGGCGCCUUCCUUGACAAUGGAAAUGUGGCGCCACAGGAGGUGCAGCCAACAGCGAAGAACCCGGAAGACCCAGAGAAGCUUUGGAAGCUGAGCGAGAAGCUUGUUGGAGAAGAAUUUGUAUACUGA